UCGGCAGUAAUUUGAGGUCGCACAAAUAACCGUAUGAGAACAGGAAGCAAAAUAUAAACUGCGUAUAUAUGAAAUAAAACAUGUCAACAAAGCAAGUCACGUGCAGAUAUUUCCUUCAUGGCGUUUGUCGAGAGGGGAGCAGGUGCAUGUUUUCACAUGAUCUGGCAACCAGCAAGCCUUCAACAAUAUGUAAAUUUUAUCAGAAAGGUGUAUGUGCUUAUGGAGAACGAUGCAGAUAUGACCACAUCAAGCCGGGUGGCCGUGGAGGUGGACCCCCUGUGGAUCACACAAACAGAGCCGGUAAUGCAGGAGCAUCUGUUCUGCCCUCCACUGGACCUGGACCUCCACCUCCACCAAGCACUACGAGAAUCACUAAGAAACCACUCGUGCUGAGAGACAGAGCUUUGGGAGGUGACAGUCGAGGGCAGCCGUACAGCGGAGAAAGUGCAGAGCUUUUGGAUUGCUGGGAUUACAGAGACGUCUCUCAGGUCAAACCUCAUAGCUACCUGGAUGCCAUCCGCUCAGGGCUGGAGAGUUCAGCCGCAGCCAGCGUACCAGCGUUCCCAGAUAUUUCCCAUCAGGCCCUGCUUUGCCCUUACGCAGCCGCUGGUCAGUGUCACUAUGGCGACACAUGCCCGUAUCUCCAUGGCGACAUGUGUGAAAUUUGCAGGUUGCAAGUUUUGCACCCGCAUGACCCAGUGCAGAGAGCAGCACAUGAGAAGGUGUGUAUGACUGCGUUUGAGAAGGACAUGGAGCAGGCAUUCGCGGUGCAGCACAGUCAGGAGAAAGUGUGCAGUAUCUGCAUGGAGGUAGUGUACGAGAAGGCGUCUCCGUCCGAGCGGCGCUUCGGGAUCCUGUCCAGCUGCUGCCACACCUACUGCCUCGGCUGCAUCCGCCAGUGGCGCUGCGCCAAGCAGUUCGACAACAAGAUCAUUAAGUCUUGUCCAGAAUGCCGGGUGGUGUCCGAGUUUGUUAUUCCCAGCAUGUACUGGGUGGAAGAUCAGGAGGAAAAGAAUCGUCUCAUUGAGGAGUUCAAAUGUGGAGUCAGUAAAAAACCCUGCAAGUAUUUUGACCAGGGAAGAGGAACAUGUCCGUUCGGAGGGAAAUGUUUCUACAUGCAUGCCUACCCUGAUGGAACGCGGGCUGAACCGGACAAACCCCGGAAGCAGCUCAGCUCAGAAGGAAACGUUCGGUUCUUGAACUCUGUCCGACUGUGGGACUUCAUCGAGGAACGAGAGCACCGCGGGGUUCCCCAGUACGAAGACGACGUCAACGACCUGGGCGAACUCUUCAUGCAGCUCUCCGGUGCUGGGGAAGAAAGCGGAACUGCAGCAUCACACUGAUCUGUCUCUUUAUCUUACACACACAUUUGCAGACCUGUAGGCUGAUCAUGGCAAGCCAUGGUUUCAUAACUUCGGUAACUGUGUAUGUAGGCUGGGCAAUAAAAAUGUACUCACUGGUAAACUUUUCCCUGUU